AUGGCAGAUGCGUGCGUGGUCCCUUGUUCAUCUACUUUGAAGAGGAGGGAGAGCCAGGGGGAGCUGAGAACCCUCGGCGGUGUGAUCUUCUCGUUGGAGGUAGCGUAUCAGGAGAAGGAGCGUCGGCACUCGCCGGACGCUUGCUUCCUCUGCGAGAGGCCCCUCAGGGCCUUCGGCGACGUCUUCAUGUACCAGGGGGACAAACCUUUCUGCAGCGAGGACUGCCGCCAGGAGCAGAUCGACCUUGACGACGCGAGGGACAGAGAAGCCCGGUACCGGCAGAGAAGGAACCACCGCCGCGUCGCCACAGGGGAGGCGACACCGCAGUCGGCCGAUCUGCCGAGCAUCCGGCAUACUCUAGCCACCGAGGCUAUCGUUGCUGGCUAG